AUGUCGCCACUAAUCACCAUAUUUCUUCUGGUCUUUAUUGGUCAACUGGUAACGUGGAUAGGCAAGACCGUCUUGCUAGACAUCGCAUAUAACGCGUACCUCUGGGUGAUUCGUUCGCCUUUGGCAGCGCGCCAGCGUGCUCUCAAAACGCAAAUCAUGGCGAACAAGACAGAGCUGAUGAAAACAAGCGCUCAAGACCAGUUCGCCAAAUGGGCGAAGCUAAGGCGGAGUGUUGACAAAGGUCUCGCGGACCUGGAGAAACUUAACUCUGAAAUCGCGUCUGCUAAAUCGGGGUUCGCCAUGAAAUUCAACACUGCUCUCUGGCUCUUAACCACAGGGUUGCAGUUUGUGGUGGGGUGGUGGUACCGAAAGCAACCCGUCUUUUUCCUUCCUGAAGGAUGGUUCGGCCCCCUGGGAUGGUGGUUGGCUUUGCCAUUCGCACCAGCGGGCUCCGUGAGUGUUGGCGUGUGGCAAAUGGCAUGUCGACGCGUAAUUGUGGUUGGUGAAAGAGUGGUGAAGGAUUUUAUUGGACCAUCGACUGUCUCAGCUGACCCUUCAGAGAAAAGUGCCACAUCUACUCCAAACAAUACGCCCAAGAAAGAGAGCGAGAAGAAGGAUUCUUGA